UGUCCUUAAGACAAGAAAUAAAAAAACAAGAGUGUAUCCAGUUGGCAAAAUUACUACAAAAACAAGAACUAUGCCAAUAAAAAAAUUGUUAAAUGAUUCAAUUGAGGAAUGCAAUCAAAACAUUAACAAAGAAAACUUAGUAAAUAGAGUAAUGAAGACAUGUUCAGAACUUAAAAUUACAAUAAUAACAAACGUUACUUCAAACAUAACUCAAAUACCACCAUGGUUCAACAUUUAUCAAAACACAGAGACCAAUUUUAUGCAAAAUCUCACUAAAGAUACAUCAGAAGAAAUAAUAAGAAUCCAGUUCAACAUGAUGGACAAAACAAUAUACAAAGAUCAUAAAAAGAUAUUUACUGAUGGCUCCAAAACAGAAGAAGCAAAUUCCACAUCAGCAGCAAUUUUCAUUAAAGAUAAAAAUAUCACAACUAUGUGGAAAUUACCAAAAGAAACACAGGUAAUUGAGGCAGAGCUUUUUGCCAUAAAAGAAGCUUUAACCCAUUCAUAUAUUACAAACAACAAGAUAAAAAACUCAGUGAUAUACACAGACUCAAAAUCAGUACACUCCAUUCAAAAUACCAACCCCAAGAAAUACAAAAAUAUAAUAUUUGAAAUACAUUCAAUAAUUUUAAGCCUAAUGGAAAACAAACAUAAAAUAAUGAUACAGUGGAUACCAGCACACAAAAAUAUAAAAGGUAACGAAAUAGCUGACCUUGCAGCAAAAACAGCACAUAAUAUAAAUGAAACUUUCAACAUAACUAAAGAUAUAUCGAAUGUAAUAAAAGAAAUUAAGAACAAAAGCCUUAAGAAUUGGGAAGAAUAUUUAACUAAUGCCCUAAACACAAAAAAUUACUAUUUAAAAAACACCAGUCCUCAACCAUGGACAAGAUCCAAAAAUAGAAAAUUAGACACAUGUAUAACAAGAAUAAAAACAAAACACACCAGACUAAAACACCAUCUUCAUAGAAUAAAAAUUGAAACUGAUCCAUUUUGCAGAUGGUGUCUUAAUCAAGAAGAAACAGUGGAACAUAUAUUUCUCCAUUGCCCAAGAUUUAACUCAAACAGAGUGGUUCUUCUCGAAGCAUUAAAGAAAAUAAAAAUCAGCAAUCCUAAUGUAAAACAACUGAUUACAGGAGAAGAUUUACCAGAGGAUCAGAAGUACUACAUAUUAAGACAUACAAAAAUAUUCCUACUAAAAACAAAAAUCAUAGACAUAAUAUAAAAAGAAAGAAGAAUUAAGAAAAGGUUUCGGGGGAUAUAGACAAAAAAAGAGUCUAAAACCCUAUAAAAGAAGAAAGAAGAAA